ACUGGCGUCGCCCUGGUGACUCUUGUGACUCUGUGUAACCUGGAGACGCCGGGUCGCUGCAGUAGCCGGCCGGGGAAUGGAGCGCUAACCGCGGCAGCGCCAACAAGCUAGCAAUCGGCCGGGUAGCUCCGUGAAGCGGUAAACCAAAAAACAUUCAUCAUAUGCUUCCAAAUUAGCGUUUGCAUUUAGUUUUUAAUUUAACUUGAAUAUAUGCAACGCGUUGAAGUUUCUGGGCACCAUGGACGACGAUGAAUAUUACAACCUAAUGUUGAAAAAGCAGGCUAAAGCUAUAAUAAAACAGGUAUUGGAGAAUGCCAAGAGAUACGUUGAACAACUGUUGAUAAAAGAGGGGAAAGGCGAAUAUAAGAUCCCUAACAUCGAGUGGGUUACAUGCAAGGACUUCACUGUUACCAUUGGGGCAAAGCAAAUAGAAGAAUAUGUCUCACAGACCUGGGAGUUUAAGGAUUGCUGGCUUCACUGUCUGGAUUACCUGAGUAAGGAAGAACUGGAAUACCAAAUCCAUCACCAUUAUCGAGUUCGCUGGAGUAUCCCAACACGAAGGAAGCCCAUACCACGAGCAACAGCCUCGAGUUAUUUUAUUAUUGAAAUCUCUAAAGUGAAACCACCUAUGUUUCCAGUUGAAGUUUACUUCUUUUUUGAAUCAAACAGACUUCUGCACAGACCUGGCCAAUCAAGAUUCAAAGAGAAGUGGCUAAAGGACAUCAUUGAAAGCAAAAUUCUAUUGAUGGAGGAAGUGAAUUUUUAGGUUUAAGUGUAUAUAUAUUUGGCAGUAGCCAAACUAUCCCUAAUUGAUUUAUAUUGGGUAUCGAUUUCAAACCCAGGGUUGGAAAAUCUGGUUUUGUACAGUUAAGUAAUAACCUGAUAGUUUCUCUGAUUGAGCCAUCACGGACAAGUUUUUAUAAAAAUAUACUGCAUGAUUUGCAACAUUAAUGUUGAAUAAAAUAAUUUACGUUUCCAUAUCUUUGUGUUUAAAUAAACCAGUUUCAUAUGAA